AUGGAUGAAACAAUAUACGAUUUUAUCUACGGUAUUGCAGAAGAUUUUUGGAAAAGUGCAAUGGAUGAAAUAUCUCAAAGAAUUUCGAAAUAUGAAAGUGUUCAUUUUGUAGUAGACUGUAACUUAGCUGCAAUUUCACGUCUUUUAUAUGCUGCUCAUCCUGACAUUGAUCCCGGUGACUCAGAAAAUUUAUCUUUUUAUACAAAUCCUCCAGUACAAAGUCAUAAAGUCACGUAUACUAUUCCUUAUAGUAAUAAUUUUGAAAAAAUUAACACGACAAAACAAACAAAAAAAUAUAAGACGAAAAUAUGUAAAGAUAUAAAAACUCCAAAGAUAACUAAACCAAAAGUAUUCAGAUCAAAACCUUUGGACCUAGUAGAUGUUAAAAAUGACACAAAACAAAUUCCAGCUAAAAUUAACAAGCUCGAUAUCGAUAAAAGUAAUUCAGUUGCGAAAUACCGGUUAAACGAAAUUGGCGACUUAAAACUAUUGUGA